AUGGGCGGACCUUUGGUAGACUGCAGUGCUGAAGGUGUGAGCAGCAGCUCAUGUCUCAGCCGCAGCACCUGUGGAAAAGCAGGUUUUGAGCACAGCUCUUGUGCUCUCCCUGAAGAUGAAAAGUUUGAAGCUGGAAUAGCAUGUGUGAAAGGUGAUUUGGUUGUCAAGGAAAUCAGUUUGGCUCUUGCUGAGGUGAUGCGUGUCUAUAAUGACAAUGAUGAUGAAGAGACAGAUCUGAGUGAAGACUCUGACGAAAAUGGGGAUUCACUUUCUGUAGAAUCAGAUUCGGCUGAUGAUUUGGUUGAUAUUGACACUGAAGUGGUCACAUCGUCAGCCUUCACUGCUGGGAAUGCGUCUGAAUCAUCAACUGGAAAUUCAGAGAAUGGAAAUUCCUCAACCACUGGGACUCAACUGUUGGUUUCCGCAAUGAAAGGAAGCCGUGCAAAGCGGGGAAUUGUGACAAAGUUGAGUGUUUCAUGGGCCCCUGACGUAUAUGAUCCUCCUGUUACUUCUGACUCACACACAGUGAAGCCGCACCAGAGAAGUUCAAGGAAGAGCCACUACAAAUACAAGCCCCCAAAGGGCGGCAGCGGCAGCAGCAGCCGCAGCAGCAGUGGCAGCAAAAAGGAAAAGAAGCAUUCUCACCACAGCAGCAGCAGCAGCAGCAAGAGAGAUAAGAAACCUUCCUACCGCAGUAGCAAUGGCGGCAGCAGCAGAACCGACACUAGUGAUCCUCAACAUCGGAAGGCAUAUGGCAGCAGCAUUACCAGCAGAACUGACACUAGUGUUCCUGAAUAUCACAAGUUGUCGCCGUGGCAGCCACUGGCUAGUGCCGCCGUGGAAGAAGCCAUGCCCCCCGUACCUGUACUGAAGGCCAUGGAACAGAUCAAACGCAGUUCCAGCUGCUGCAAGGAGCCGCCGAUAAGCAUGAAGGCCAUGGAACAGAUCAAGCGUAGCUCCAGCUGCUGCAAGGAGCCGCCGAUAAGCAUGCUAUCACGCCAAUUCGUGGCUGCCAAGUACAAAGGGAUGUUUUCCUUCUUGAGUCAGAACCAACUUGCUUCUUGA